UCGCAAAAACUAGUGUCCCGGUAUUUUUGUGAUUGUGUUGUGCCUUUGUGAACCUUAUUGGAAUGUGAUAGGGCUCGUUGAUGGUCAGUGAGUGAUUGUGUUGUGACAGUGCUGGGAUGACGGAGUAUGCUGGCUGUGCGCAAUGCCGAGUACCUGGGUUCAUUCCCGGCGUGCGGCGGCGAGCGCGCGCUCUCCGACCAGCUGCUGCUCAUGAAGGAUAGCGAAUGUGCGGUUCCGGUUCUGAUCGUGGUUGCGCCGUCGGGGGUCAAAGUAUGCGACCCCGAAGAUCAGAGUGUGCGCAUGUAUCACGCGCUGCGCCGCAUCUCGUUCGCGACGUGUGAGAGUGCGCGUUCGCUGUUCGCGUUCGUGGCGCGCGAGCGCGCCGUACCGCGUGCCGAACCGUUCGCAGAACACGCCGAGCCCGCGCCGAGGCACUACUGCCACGCCUUCAGGACUGAGACGCCAGAAAAGGCAGAAGAACUGAACUCGCUGGUGGGAGAUGCGUUCCGAAUGGCGUUCGCGUCGCAGCUUCAGCCCUCCGCGCCGCUUUGGAGCGCGGAGCUGAGCGGCGGCGAGUGCGUGCGCGCACCCGACUCGCUGCCCGGCCUCACACACCACUACCCGCGCUCCAGAGACAGAUCGCCAUCGAAAUGCGACAUAAUGGGCAUGCAGCACGAGGCCAGCCCCACCAGCUCGGAGGAGUCCAACUCCCCCACGGAGAUCAACUGCUACCGCCGCCUGGGGGAGCGCGCGCCGCUCAUGAAGAGACUCAUGGGGCUAAGCGGAGCGCUGCUGCAGCCGUCGGAUGAUGACUCCACUCCGCUAGUUGCUGACACUCCAACCACCCCAACCAACUUGCCGCUAUGCAUGAACGGCUACGUGAACGAGGCCUCAGAGGCCGAAGCCCGGAGCCGCGACACUCGCGAGUCCAACCGGGAGCUCACGCCAAGACAUGAUAGUCUGCAGAACCUUGAGGAGUUUACCAAGACUAAUCAUAUCAAGAACGGGAGCGGUUCAGCAGGUUGCAGCGCAGCGACGUCAUCAUCAUCAGGAGCGUCAUCAUGUGGUGGGUCACAUGGGUCCGGGAACAACAACGUGCCGAGAGCGGAGCCUGAGCUGCGACAUGCGCCGUGGUUCCAAGCAGGGAUCCCUAGAGAGAUAGCGUUAGAAAUACUAAGCAAUCAGCCAGUAGGCGCGUUCAUGGUGCGCUGUAGCACCACGCAGACCGGCUGCUUCGCGCUGUCAGUGCGUGUCCCGCGCGACUUUCAGCCCUCGGGCAUCGCGCACUACCUCAUCUUAAGGACGCCUAAAGGGUACAAAAUCAAGGGCUUCACAAAAGAGUUCACCUCUCUAUCAGCACUAGUGACGCACCACAGCGUAAUGCCCGAGCUGCUGCCGUGCCCGCUGCGUCUCGCGCGCCGCGCCGCGCCGCCCCGCGCGCCCCGCGACCUCGACGAGCCGCCGCACACGCCGCGACAUCUACCGUUCCGGCCGCAGCUUGAUGUAUAGCACACUGUUGAUCUCCUAGCUAAGACGCUGGAGUAUCUAUAGAGAUCUGAUCUAAAGUCAAAGUUUGAUGGACUUAAUAGUCAAACAC